GCUCUCGCGAGACUUGCCAUCAGUCGGAGCGCGGGGGCCGGCCGUGAGGAGCGCUGGAGUUGCCCGUGAGGAACAUGUCGGAGUCCGAGCUGGGCAGAAAGUGGGACCGGUGCAUGGCCGACACGGUCGUGAAGCUAGGUACUGGGUUUGGAUUAGGAAUUGUUUUCUCCCUCACCUUCUUUAAGAGAAGAAUGUGGCCAUUAGCCUUUGGUUCUGGCGUGGGAUUGGGGAUGGCCUACUCCAACUGUCAGCAUGACUUUCAGGCUCCGUAUCUUCUACAUGGAAAAUAUGUCAAAGAGCAGUGACUUAUGCUGAGAACAUCCCAGCGGGAGGAAAGAGAAACCAUGUUUAUUCCUCAGGAAUACUGAAGUGCCCGGAGUGCGCUGACAUCCUGUGAUGGUGCCAUCUGCAACGCUUUCAACUCCAGCCACUGUUUGUGUUUGAAACCAAGUCUGUUGCUUUUGUAUUAUCUCUUUGGAAAUUGUAAGGAGGUCUUAAAUAAAUUAAAACGGGAAGCCCAAUGCAAGCAAGGCCUUUAUUCCUUUAUGUUGGAGGAGGCUUCUCUUUGAAUGGCCUAGCUGUGGCCUCUGUGACCUCCUGAAGACACAGACAUGUCCAAUGCACUCCCCUAAUACACAGUUGUCCUUCCCACCCCACCCCAAGACUGGUGGUACCCCACCGUGUGUGAGAGUGGCCAUGGUGAAGUCUUGAGGCACAAGUUCCUGAUGGCGUGCUCGGCCUGCACCCUGGCUCCCCAGUGCACCAGUCUGCCACAUGAGGUCUGCCUCACUAAUGUCUGUCCCCUGCUGCAUGGAGCUCUGACUGACAGUGUGGAGCUGGUGGCCGACCACAGCCUGGCUAGAAGGGCAUGCUGAGGUCUGAGCACAAGUGGCCACUGCAGUACCCUCUGUCUGUCCUUGUGGGUUUGUGAGGCACAACAUAGACUGUUUUCCAGUUCCUUUUGAUGUGUGCAGCACACCUGAGCUCGGGCUUUUGUAGGUGUCCACUGUGAGUGUUCUCACAGUGACAGAAGUGCUUGUAGCUAGGAAAGGCAAGCAGUUCCUGAACUGUCCAGGGCAGAGGGAGCAGCUGGAGGGGCAUCAACAACACAGAGAACAUUGGUUAGACCUCAGUCCUUAAAAGAGCUUUAGUGAAUAAGUUCAGGGUGGCCUCUACCCUCCCUCUGCAUUUUUCUCUGCAUUAUUCUUUAUUCUAUUUCCCUUUCCAGAAACAUGUUUGGGGCCAACAGAAGUGCUCUGCCAAAGAUGGGCUAUGCCCAGGACAGCAAGUCAUGGUCAUGGCAUGCCUCAACUGCUUGGCUGUUUUUCAUACGGCUCUCUUAACCCGUGCAGAGCAUCCCAUGCCAUUAGUAGACAGUAGAACAGUGCUCCCGCAGCUGGGUUCUUCCCUCCAGAUCCUCUCCAUGUUAGCUUUCUAUAUAGUAGCCCUCUAGUUCCCCCUACCUUUCUGCCUUCAGAGUUGAGUGACAGCCCUCCCCAAUCCAAAAACACAAAGGGAAGGCUGUGCCCCCAAGUCUCUAGGUAGAAAAUGACUCAACAUGGAAUGGACAGGGACCUCUCUGGUGAGGUUUUAGGCCUAUGUUGCACCGAUCUGGUCCCUUAGCACCCUUGGGUUCUGCAGAAGUGCCCCAGGAGCCAGCCCACUCCCGGAGGGAAUAAUUUGGGUCCACGCUGUUUGUCUUGGUCCUAGAACAGUUUGUAUUCCCACCUUAUAGCUCUUGCAGAGGGCGUCCAUCGCAGACACAAAGCCUGAUCUUGUCCUCUAGUCCCUGCCCCCACCUCAGAUGAGCCUUCAGAAGCUUCAGAGCUCGUUGGCAAGGGGAAGCAUUCUGUUCUACUUGAAGUUUCACUCGAAAUUCAAAUCCUCUGGAGGCCCUGCUCCAUUGUGGAAUUGAGAAGCUUUGGCUCCACCUCCUCUGCUCUCCUGGAAUCAAACACAAGGAAAUUCAUGGGUUUAAGGAUCCAGUGAUGGGCACCCAGCUGGGUAAGGACGCUAGAGCAAAGCUGUGGCGCCCCAGAAGUGGCCUGCGCUGCCAACAUACAUAAAUACAUACAGCCUGAACUUGACACUGUAUAAUUUAGCCCAGAACAAUAUGUAUUUUGAACUCAUUUAGGUGGAUGACUUUUGUAGUCUGAGUGGCCGGGGAGCCUUCAUUGGGGCACAUUUACUGUCUACAGAGGCAUGCCUUUGUUCCGAGACGUGGCUUUUGGAGUAUUUUGCUGAGCUGUCCCUUUGAGUGAAUGUCACCCUCUCCCUGCUUUCAAAAGACCCAAGAAUGCAGUCCCACAACCCUGCUGCAGGAAACAGACACUGGGCUAAGGGAGAUGGCUCUUGUUUUUGCUGUUGGUUCUCAAACCUCUGUUUACAUUUUUUUUUUUUAAUGUAACCAACCCAUAAUUGCAUUUUGCUUGUCAUGGUUCAAUCUGAUUGCAUUGUUGGAAGGACUAUUUUUGAGCUUGUCCAAAUAAACUGCAGAGUAUUUCCACAA